AUGUAUCUGAAGCAGCUCAUUGCAACAUGUGCCUUUGUGCCGGUCGCCCUCAGUCAGUCAAAUCCCACUGCAGGCUCCGUGGAUCCCUUCAAGGUCUUCACAAUCUCCGCCGACAAUAUCACGGCCAAGUUCAUUCCCUAUGGGGCGCGAUUGAUCUCUCUGCUAGUCCCAGACAGGGAUAACAAUGUGCAAGAUGUUGUGGUCGGCUACGAUGAUCCACGUCAGUAUCUAGAAGAUACCCAGACCAGCCAUACCUAUUUCGGAGCCGCCCUUGGCCGGAUUGCCAACCGUAUCAAGAAUGGCACUUUCACCCUAGAUGGGACCGAGUACCACAUUCCCAAGAAUCAAGGCGGCUUGUAUACGCUACAUGGCGGAGACGUUGGCUAUGAUCAGCGGAACUGGACUGUGCUUGCAUCCACACCUUCCUCUGUUACCUUCCAGCUUUACGACGCUGCAUUUGAAGGUUUCCCAGGCGACGUCAUUACGCAGGCUACAUACAGCGUCGACACCAAGAGCACAGCGGAGAAUCCACAGGGACGUCCCCGGUUGAUGACCAAGUUGGUUUCACAGGCUCUCACUCACUCCACUCCGAUCAUGCUCUCCAACCAUAUUUACUGGAACCUGAAUGGCUUCAAGGAGCCGACUGUGCUCAAUGAUACAUGGCUGCAACUGCCUCUGUCCAAGCGAUUUGUUGCCACGGACAGUCUUCAAGUCCCCAACGGCGCUAUCUCUACCGUUGAUGAUACUGAUCAUCAAUCUCUGGACUUUGGAACCGGCAAAAUCAUUGGCCGUGACAUCCAGUAUACCAAAGGUCUUGUCGGUAGUGACGUGGGAUAUGACAACUGCUUUAUUGUUGACCGUGACUCGACAUACUCUGCCCAAAAUUCACUUGUUCCUGCUCUCCGAUUGAACUCCAGUACCACGGGAAUUAGCAUGGAAGUUGCAACGAACCAGCCUGCUUUGCAGUUUUUCACCUGUUUGAACAUGGAUGGAACGAUUCCUGUGAAGCCUUCUCAGGCUAAGCGAAACUCGCAAAAUGAGAACGCUGCUGGAUUUGUUGAGAAAUACGGUUGUCUGGCAAUCGAACCCGAGGGCUGGAUUGAUUCUGUCAACAACCCACAAUGGGGCCAGCAAUCCAAUGUGAUCUACUCCCCUGAGACACCCCCUGCUGUGAACAUGGCAACCUACACCUUUGGAACUGUCUAA